UCAUCUCCCACUCAGUCCUGAUUCACUACUCCUCCCUCCCUCCUUUCGUCUGUUCUCUCUGUGAUGGUGAUGAAGGUGAUGUGACGCUGUGGCUGGCCAAUCAAUGGGGCAGGAGGCGUGUCCAGAGGCAGAGCUCAGAGCUGAUUGAUGCUGAGAGGAUCGAGGAGGAAGAAGGGAUGAGCGGGAGGUAGAGGAGGGUUGAGGAGGCCCUGUCUGAGCUGAGGAGCACCGACUAAAGGAGGAGGAGGUGGAGGAGGAGGAGAGGAGGCUGUCAUGGACAAAUUCCGACCAAAGAGACCAACCAGCCUGGCUCUGUUCCCACAGCUGCCUAAAGCCGGCUCCCAGGACUCCAUCAACAACAACUCUUUAGGCAAGAAGGACAGCUGGAAGGACUCCCACUCCUCCUCCCCGCAUGUCACAGGAGAUCAACCACCUCAGGAUGCUCAGCCCAAAGUGGAGGACAAAGUCCGUUCUGGUGUUCAGCGCCGGCCGGCACCAAAACCGCCCACAGCCAGUGGGCCGAACAGCAGAACCAACGUUCAGGCCGUUCGACCACGAGAACGACUUGGAUCUGCAGCCACGCAGCUCUCUGGCACACCGAGGAGUCAGCGGCGAGCCGGGGGAGGUGGAGCAGGAGGAGGAGGGAGGGGCGGGGGACGAGGAGCGGUGAGGGAGAGGAGCCUCGGGGAGCUCAAAGGGAAGGAUGGAGUGACGGAUCGAAGAGGAGGACGACUCUGCGAGGAGUCCAGGACCAGAGACAAAGACAGGAACGGACAUCAGAGACAGAAGGAGGUGAACGGACUGAAAGGUCGGCUGGCUGAUGGGAGAGGAAGAGGAGGGUCAAAGGUCAGCAACAGAGGAAACAUCAAGCUGAACAACAAGCUGUCCAACCAGGAGGUUUACCUACCUGCCAUGGUGGUCCCGCGCACACCUGUAGCACAGAGGAACCAGGAGAAGACCCAGAACCAAGGACAAAACCACGACAGAACCCAGGAAAACCCUCCUGUACUGUCCCGGUCCAGCAGCGAGGGGGGGUCCAACAGGAUGUCCCUGAGCUCAGACACAGAGGGACCCCCUCCAGAACCACUACAUCCAACUCAGUCCAACAGAACCAACCCAGACAUCAGAGAAGAAGACUGUGAAGGAGAACCCACUCCCUGUCUGCCCGUCCAGAACAAGCUCACCUGCUGCUCCGUAGGUGAAGACAAACCUGAGAUGGACUGGACUGAGUCGGAGGCAGAUUCAGGGAGAGACGAGGUGUCGGUCCGGUCCGACCCGCAGGGCGAGGCUGCAGCUGGGUUGAACUAUGACUCUGUUAAAUACACCCUGGUGGUGGACGAGCACACUCAGCUGGAGCUCAUCAACCUAAAAACGUGUCUUCAGGGGUCCACUGGGUCCAAUCCAUCCAACGAGCACGAGGACAGUGACACAGAGACCAUCUACCAGUCGGCCAAUGAGGACGAAGAUCCCGAGUAUGAGCAGGAGAGGAAGAGGAGUGAUGAGACGAGAAGCUUGGAGAGAAAAAAGGAGGAGGAAAAGAAAAGAAGAGAGGAGGAGGAGGUGAGAAAGAGGAGAGAGGAGGAUCUGAAGAGGAGAAGGGAAGAGGAGGUGAAGAGAAGGAAGGACGUGGUUGCCGUUGUGAAGGUCUGCAGAACUUCAAAGGUGACAUCAGCCACGACCUCAGAGGAAGACGAGUCCAACGGAGGAAGAGGCGGAGUUCCAAGAAGCAGGAAGUUUCUUAACCUGUUUGCCAAUAGCAGCAACCAGUACAGCUCCACAGGAGCUGGUCCAUUUGGGUUGUUCUCCUGUGUUCUUGAUGGGGUGGAGAGGCAGCAAAGCCACAGAGCUGUUUACAGGUUUGUUCCUCGUCAUGCAGAUGAGCUUCAACUGGAGACGGAUGACCCGAUUCUGAUGCUAACCCGGAGCGAGGAUCUGUGGUGUCAGGGCUACAACAUGAGGACCGGAGCCACAGGAAUCUUCCCUGCAUUCUACUCUGUUCGGGUCCCCAAAAACCAGAUCCACGUCCGACAUGAUGGCUGGGCAGAGCAGUUUGUGGUUCGGUUUCUGGGUUCGGUUCAGGUCCCUGUCCACAUGGGCAAUGAUGUGCUGUGUGCAGCAAUGCAGAAGGUGGUCUGUAAUAGGCGGUCAACCAGUCAGCCACCGGCAGCCUGUGUGCUGGAGGUCAGCGUGGAGGGGGUAAAGAUGAGUGUCCAGGACCAGUGUCAGUCUGCUCACCGGGGAGGCCAGUGUUUCCACUUUUUCCAGCUGAAGAACAUCUCAUUCUGUGGCUGCCAUCCCAAACACAACAGAUAUUUUGGAUUCAUCACCAAACAUCCCGACCAGCAGCGCUUCGCCUGCCAUGUCCUGAUGUCAGACACAACGCUCCACCCCCUGGGCGAGUCUGUCAGGAGGGCGUUCCAGCAGUAUUACAAGGAGCAUGUCGGGUACUCCUGUCCAACUGAAGACAUCUUUAUAGAAUAACCUGCAUGUAAGCCUGGAGCCUGGAGCUGACAGCAACACCCGUAUUCCUGCUCUGCAUGGUGGAUGUUCUGUUUUAGGGUUGCAGCUGAGACCCGUUUGGACAUGCCACCUCAGAACCAAGAGAGAAGUCCUGGAGCUCAUCAUACAAUCACAGAGUCCAGUUAUUGGAACAAGUUAUUUUUGUGUAAAUUUUUAUUAAUUUGUCGAGAAUUUACAUGAUAAAUGUUUGAAUUACAACUACACAAAACUACACACACAACUACACACAGCUACAAAAUACUACACACAAAACUGCACACACACACACACACACACACACACACACACACACACACACACACACACACACACACACACACACACACACACACACACACACACACACACACAACUGCACACAGCUACAAAAUACUACACUCAAAACUACACAAAAUACACAACUACAGAAACACAACUACAACCACACAACUGCAAACACACAACUACAGAAACACAUCUACUAACACACAACAACGCACAGCUACAAACACACAACUACAGACACAACUACAGACACACAACUACAAACACACAACGACAAACACACAACUACAAACACACAACUACAGACACACAACUACAAACACAACUACAGACACACAACUACAAACACACAACGACAAACACACAACUACAGACACACAACUACAAACACACAACAAAAACACAACUACAGACACAC